UAUAAACUGCAAAGCGGACUGAUUGGUUUCUGGCUCAGCCGGCGUGUUUUCAAGCCGAUUACAAAUCAAAUUGACGUUUAACCCGCCGCCAAAAUGUCGUCCGUGUUCUGCUUCAGAGACUUCGUCACCGAGCGACUCUCCGCCGCCGCGGAGGAGAUCCAGUGCGUGUUUGAGAAAGCCGUGCUGGGCUACGAGCAGGAGAUCGAGCGGCAGCGCAGACUGCUGGACGCCGUUCUGAAGCCGGUGAUCAAGCUGCACAAGAGAAAGAUCACACAGCUGUCCGUCUAUCACGAGGAGGUUCUCGCUGAGAACCAGCUCCGUGUUCAGGAGAGCAGCUCCGGUCUGGGCCGGGAGGACCCGGAUCCUCCUCGGAUUAAAGAGGAACCGGAGGAACUGCGCACCAGUCAGGGGUCGCAGGAGGCCUAUGCGGUAAGGGAUCCGACCAUGCUUUCGGAUAUACUGACCAACAUCUCGGUCACAGCAAUCAAAUCUGAAUCCGAACGAGCCAGAAGCCGAGACCAGAGCGCCGAUCAGAAACCAGAGGACACGCGCUUCAGGUGUCCGUUUUGCACAGAGGAGUUUUGCGAUCCCUCGAAGUUGAAAGUUCACGUGAGGGCCCACAUCGGCGAAAAGCGCCACAAAUGUGCCACUUGCGGGAAAGGGUUCGCCCGGAAGGCCCUGGAGAGGAAGCACGCGCAGAUCCACGUGGGGGCGAAGCCUCUCGGGUGCCCGGUGUGCGGGAAGGAGUUCAACUGCCGCUCGAACCGCGCCGCCCACAUGAGGACCCACGCGGGUGAGAAGAGCCACGCUUGCGUCACCUGCGGCAAGGGAUUCAGCCGCGGGGCGGACCUGAGGAGGCACCACCGCACGCACACGGGGGAGAAACCGUACAGUUGCGUCCACUGCGGAAAGGGGUUCCCCUACCACUCGUCGCUGAAGAACCACGUCCGAGUGCACACGGGGGAGAGGCCUUACAAAUGCGCUCUGUGCGGGAAGGGGUUCGCCGUCGGCACAACGUUGAAGAUACACACCCGAGUCCACACGGGGGAAAAGCCGUAUAGGUGCGGCGUGUGCGGAAAGACUUUCGCUCACGGCACGGGACUGAGGAUACACGGGAGGAUCCACGCACGGGAGGAACCGCAGAGCGCUAAACUCAAAGUUUAGCACGAUUUUAGACCGUUGGGCCUUCAGCACGCAGCAACUCCAUAGCUUGAUUUGUUCCAUGAAUCGUUCUCCUGUUGGGCGUCUUGUUGUAUGCGCAGGAUUACAUACACAUGAUGAACACAUGUCUUUGUGAUGAUAACAUUGCGGCAUGUUUUUGCUUGUUCAACUGUAAGUGGAUUUGGUUUAGUUAUUGAAUACAAAUCAAACCCAGAGGGAGAUCAAUUAGUUAAACCAAUACGGUUUUACUAUUUGUAAACAGGAUCGUUUGGAGACGUUUUAGUCUGUCAAACUAUAAUUCGUUGAUAAAAUGAUUUCCCAUUUCUGUUUUUUAUUUUUAAGUACUUUUAUCUUGUUGAAUGAUGUAUACAAACGUGUUCAGCACGAGCCACAGAAAAGGAAAUGCAUUAGAAUACGACCACUGUUUGUAACUUACACGUACGUAUGUAUGUAUGUAUGAGAUCCAGAGUUAGUCUCAGUAUUGCUGACAUUGUAUGUAGAGGUGUGGUCAGUCACCUUGACCAAGAUGAUUGUCUCAAUCAUUAUCUUAAGAAGUUAGCAACGCAUGAAUUGAAUGCCUUUGCUCCUCUCUGACUCUAAUUGGCAGUGCAUUAAUUAAUGUAUCUUUUUAAGGAACUGUAGUGUUUGCUUUAUUCUCGGAUUUACACUAUACAGUACAU